CGAUGUGUCAAUAGCGUACACCUCCAGCGGGUAACGCCUGCUGGCUCCUGAUGUUGUUAGAGGUAACGAAAAGGUGUACUGUAUUACUACUUGCUGAUGUAACAAUAUGUAUUCGUCCAGCCUCAGAGACUGCAAGGCCUGGCAGUGUGAGGGUCUUCCCCUCUCUACCUCAAGCAAUGAAGCCUGUAAAAUGUAUGAUGCUGUUGUUACACAGUAUAUCUCCUGGCGUAAUGAUCAGACUCUUGGUGGAAUUGAGGGUUGCCUUUCCAGGAUGCAAACUGCAGAUCCCAAUUUUGUAAUGGGUCAUAUUCUUGCAAAUGGCCUGGAACUCAUUGGAACAGGACACUCAGUUACAAAGGAUAAAAGCUUUGCCUGUGCUAUUCAGAAAACAUUGGAAAUUUCAAAAACACAGUCUAUAACAGAGCGGGAGAAGCUCCAUUCUUCAGCAAUAGACAUGUUUUCUAAAGGCUGUUUUACCAAGGCCUGUGACAUAUGGGAAACCAUUCUUUUGGAUCAUCCAACUGACAUUUUGGCUCUUAAGUUUGCUCAUGAUACUUACUUCUACUUGGGUUACCAACCACAAAUGAGAGAUUCUGUUGCCAGAGUUCUUCCUUUUUGGGGUUCCCAUGUGCCACUUUCUGGAUUUGUGAAAGGUAUGUACUCCUUUGGACUUGUGGAAACAAACUUUUAUGACGAAGCAGAAAAGGUAGCAAAAGAGAGUCUAUCUUUAAAUCCUAAUGAUGCCUGGGCAGUUCAUUCUGUUGCUCAUGUUCAUGAAAUGCGAGCCGAGGCAGAGCAAGGCCUGAAGUUCAUGGAAGAAACUGAGAAAAACUGGAAGUGCAGUGAUAUGCUUGCUUGCCAUAACUACUGGCAUUGGGCACUCUAUUUCAUUGACAAGGGUGAAUAUGAAUCAGCUUUGACUAUAUAUGAUGGCAAGAUUUUUCCUUCUUAUAAGACAUCUGGAACCAUGCUGGAUAUGGUAGAUACUUGCUCAUUACUUUACAGACUUGAAAUGGAAGAUGUAAAGGUGGGUGAGCGAUGGAAAGAAAUUGCAGACCUUACUAAAGCACAUGCAGAUGACCAUGUCCUCCUCUUCAAUGACCUUCAUUGUUUGAUGGCAGCACUCGGAGCAAAAGAUAAGGAGACAACUUCCCUGUUGAUGGACUCGCUAAAGGAACUUGCAGCAUCUCCAGAUGAUAACUGCCAGCAUAAACUUGGUCUUGAUCUUGGUCUACCACUCUGUAAUGCUUUAAUUGAAUAUGAAAAUGGAAAUUUUAGCAGAACUGUAGACCUGAUGAGUCCCAUUCGGUACCAAAUAAAGGCCAUUGGAGGAAGUGAUGCCCAGAGAGAGCUGUUUAAUCAAUUGCUAAUACAUGCAGCUUUAAAGUCAGAAAAUAAAUCCCACCAGAAAACAGCCAGAUGUCUGCUUGUGGAACGAGAUGCCUUGAGACCAAACUCUUCUUUGACAAAAAGGCUCAUCCAGAGGACCAUGGCAUUGCAUCUGAAUUAAACCUACCUAGAAAACUAAUGUUAUUUUAGAUGAGCUGCAUAAUUGUUUUGGGUUAUAAACUCAACCAUGUUUUCUACUGAGUAAAAAAGAAGUGACCUUUCUGAAUUAAACCUACCUAGAAAACUAAUGUUAUUUUAGAUGAGCUGCAUAAUUGUUUUGGGUUAUAAACUCAACCAUGUUUUCUACUGAGUAAAAAAGAAGUGACCUUUCUGGAUGUCAGGAGAACUUAAUAGAAUUUUGUUGUAUAUUUUAAAGAAGCUUGCAUUUUUAAUGAAUGGAAAGUUAAAUGUUUACACCACAAAUUUUCUCUGGGAAAAUGUUAAAUAUAGAAUAUGAUCAUGUGAGUGGUAUGUUAAAUCCUGGAUAAAACAAUAAUGACAAAUUAGAAGAAUGUAUAUGUAAUUUCAAAAAAUCUUCAAUCAUUAAUGCAGUUUAUAAAUCAGAAGGAAAGAAAAUGUUUAUUCAGAGAUAAUACCGAAUAAAUAUGUUUCACAUUAGUGUCAUAAUACAUUUUCCAGCAAAAAAAAAAAUCAAGUAAUAUUUUUUCAAACAAAAAAUAUUUUCCAAUGUUUUAAAGUUCACAGAUUUAAUGCAGUGACCAUGUUACUGUAGCUCAAUGGUAAUUUACAUACAUAUGGUAUAUAAGUGGUAUAUACAUAUGGUUUAUUAGUGACAUGUAUAGCCAAAUGGUUUUCAUAUUGUGGGGUAAUAAAAUUUACAUUGGCAAUAGGAUAUACAUAAAAUAAAUUUUAUAUUGCACAAAUUAAAAGUGUACUUGUUUUCAACUAAACAUUUCACAUAAAGCUGGUGAAAAUGUAACAUUUUUAAUAUGAACCUGCUACUUGACAUCAGGUUGUGUUUUUAAAUAAAGCUAAACAUCUAUUUCAUGACACACAUUGCUAUCUGUUCCGAUAUUGCUAAACUAAGAACUCAUUUUCAGUGUUUAUUGUGAAGGCAACUUGAACACAUAUUUACAUAUACAAUCGAUACACAACCUAUUUUCCAUUGUUUUUAAAGCAUUCAUGGCCUCUGCAGAAUAUGUGAUAUGAUGUGAUGUGAUAUUUGCUUGCUUUUUUGUCAACAUUACUGCUUCAUACUGUCCCAAACAGGCACCCUUCAUGGGCAUAAGAGCAGUGUGUCAUUGUCACCGGUCUUUUACGGCCAGGCUAGCUGCAUGUUUAGUCAGAAGCAAAAGCAGUGAAGAGAAGUGACAGCCUGGUCAUAAAUAAUAAUUGUUACAGUAAGCAAUAGUUAUUUUUUUUUAUUUGAUUAUUUUGGUUAUACAUAAAUUAACAUAAUUUUCCAUGUAAAAGAUCACUUUUACUCUGAUAUUACUUUCUUCAUGUUUCAGGUAUACUUUUAGUAUCCCAUCACAAGUUACAUUUACUCACAAUAAAUAAUAAAGCUGCUUGUGCAUUAAGACUAA